AUGCUAAAAGAUAUCGGAUUGCAAAUUAUAGAAAAAUGUGAUGGGUUACCUCUUGCCAUAAAAGUGAUGGGAGGACUCCCGUGCCAGAAGGAGGAAUCACACCAUGCUUGGGGAAAGCUCUUGAAUGAUGCUAUAUGGUCAGUAUCUCAAAUGCCAGAGGAGCUAAGUAAUGCAAUAUAUCUUAGCUAUGAGGACUUAUCCCCUUGUUUAAAACAAUGCUUCUUGCAUUUUUCACUUAAACCUAAAAAGGUACUGUUUGAAGAUAGCGAAUUUGUCGGUAUGUGGAUUCUGGAAGGAUUUGUUCAUGGGGACUCGGAUAGAUUGGAAGAACUUGGAAUUGAGUACCAUAAGGAGCUAGUACUAAGGAACCUUAUAGAGCCAGAUACAUCAUACCCUGGUCAAAAAUUUUGCAGCAUGCAUGAUGUUGUCCGUUCAUUUGCUCAAUAUGUCAGUAGAAAUGAAUCACUAGUACUGAACAAUGGAGAAUCUACUAGUCAUACAUUUAGUAUGCAAAGAUAUCUUAGGUUGUCUAUAGAAACAAAAGGAGUAGAAUCAGAUACAUUUGAGUUGAGAAGUCUACAAGAGCAAAAGUCACUAAGAUCCAUAAUAUUAAUUGGCAAUUUCAAGAUUCAGCCUGGUGAUUCCAUGAUUAUUUUUUCAAGUUUACGGACUCUACAUAUGGAGUCUAUAGACUGUGUUGCAUUGCUUGAAUCCCUGCAUCAAUUGAAGCACUUGAGGUACUUGGCAGUAAGAAUGUGCAAUGGUAUAAAUAGCUUGCCACAAGACAUCCACAAGAUGAAAUUGUUGCAACAUCUUAGUUUUGAUGGUUGCCGGAAUCUUGUGAGCCUUCCUAAUAGCAUUGUGAAGUUACAAGAACUGCGAUAUCUUGCCCUUGGUGGCACAUGUGUAAUUAGUAUGCCCAGGGGGUUCCAUGCUCUAAAAAAUUUGAGGACAAUAUAUGGGUUCCCAGCUCAAAUGGAUGGUGAUUGGUGCAGCUUGGAAGAGCUUGGUCCUCUUUCUCAUCUUAGGUGCAUUAGACUAGUGGGUCUGCAGAAUGUAUCUGCUAAUUCAUUCGCCAGGAAGGCUAGGCUUGGUGAAAAGGUGUAUCUUUCCUUCUUGGGUUUAGAAUGCAGCUAUAGAUUUGAUGAUGAUGUAUUGAAGAAAGAAAGUAUUUCCGAGAAAGAUCAAAGAGUAAUUAAGGAGGUAUUUGAUGGUCUAUGUCCUCCACCUUGCAUACAGGAUAUUACUAUCCAAGGAUAUUAUGGGUGCCAGCUCCCAAGAUGGAUGAGGGACACAUCAACGACACUCCUCGAGUCCUUGAAGAUUCUACAGCUGCGCGACCUGGCUUGCUGCACUCAACUCCCUCAUGGACUUUGCCAGCUCCCUUGUUUGUAG